UGUCCCCACCCAAUAUGGUUUAAAACAUAUAUUUUGCACAAUAUGGGCCAAUCAGAGCCAACCCAUUUCAGUUCCUAAGUUCCUACACAUUUUCCAAUAAAACAUUAAACUCUUUCCUUGCCAAUCGACCGGUGGACAACACUCAUUUUGCUGUCAUCUAAUUCGUGAGUAACAUUUUUUCUUAUAAAUCAAAUUUAUUAUUUUUUUCUUUAUUCUUUAUAAUUAAAAAUAUAUUAUAAAUAAAUAUUUCAUUUAUUGGCUUUUUAUUAAUAGAUUAUUUUAUACCUAUUUAUAUCCAAAUUUACUAAAAUCGCCUUUUUUUAUAAAUUGUUACAGAUAUUUUGAAUUCAUCAAUUAAAAAAUAGAAAUGGGUGACGCAGAUAAAGGAGCCGCAGUGAGUUAUUCUGAAUUAAUGUUUUGUUUUUAUAAAUGUAUAAUAAUUUAUUGUAAUUGAAAGGUAUUCAAAACCAAAUGUUCUCAAUGUCACACGGUCGAGAAAGGCGGCAAACACAAGGUUGGACCAAACUUAAAUGGUUUAUUUGGUCGUAAAACUGGAAGUGCUGUCGGUUUCUCAUAUACCGAUGCUAACAUUCAAAAAGGUAUACACAAUAAACAAUUUAUAUUUUUAUUCCAUAGAUUAUUAUUAAUUAAAAAAAUUAUAUAUUAAUUUUUAUUUGUUUAAAGGAAUUACAUGGAAUGAAACAACAUUGUUUGAGUAUUUAGAAAAUCCAAAAAAAUACAUACCUGGAACUAAGAUGGUGUUUGCUGGUAUUAAGAAAGUAGAUGAAAGAAAUAACUUGAUUGCCUAUUUGAAAAAAGCCACCGCCUAAUGUCAGUAUUUUGAUAUUAUACUGUUAAUAGAUUAAAUUAUGAGUAAAACUAUGUUGUUAUUUUUUGUUUUUAUUAUUCCAAGUGAAUAGUGAUAUAUACCUACUAUUAUUACUGUUUUUUUUUUUGUACACGUACAAUAUUUAAAUUGAGUUAUUUCAGUUAUUGUCUAAAAUUAUUUGUUGUACAGUGUUGUAGAAUCGUAAAUAAAUUUUAAAAUAAAUAUCUUGUAAAAUUUGUAUUGAAGGUCAAGGUUAGGAGAAAACUGAUAAAACAAUGUCUGAUUCUAUUAAUUUGUUAAAUAUGACAUUGACCUGGACAACUAUAAUCAGUCUGAAUGAACCGAUUAAAUCAUGUUGAAUAAUAGACAAUUAUUUUGGA